AUUUACAAAUAUUGCUCACGGAAGAGGUUAGCUGAUUUCAUUGAGGUCCAGGCGCUUCUUUGAAAAGACUGUUGUGAUUUAAAACUAUUUAAGCACUUUUUUUCCCCCCACCAGCAAAUGCUAACGGAUCGCUUACAAAGUGAAGACUAGUUUGUAUUUUUUUGUUCUCGCCACACCAUGUCUGGCGUGGUGCGCACCCUUAGCCGGUGCUUGAUCCCAGCUGAAGCCAGCCGGGAGCGCAGCAACAGCAAAGAACGGAGCAGGGGUCGGGAUGUGAACCUGGAGCGAGAGGCGAGACGCCGCAGUCGGGAAAUCGAUUUAAUGCUUGCCCGGGAGAGACAAUCCAUUCGCCGCUUGGUUAAAAUUCUUCUGCUUGGAGCCGGCGAAAGUGGCAAAUCCACAUUCUUAAAACAAAUGAGGAUUAUCCAUGGGAGGGAGUUUGACAAGAAAGCAUUGCUUGAGUUUCGAGACACCAUAUUCGAAAAUAUAAUUAAGGGUAUGAGAGUCCUGGUGGACGCCCGUGACAAGCUGGGUAUCCCCUGGCAGAACACUGGGAAUGAGAAGCACGGCAUGUUUGUGAUGGCCUUCGAGAACAAGGCCGGGGUGCCUGUGGAGCCCUGCACCUUCCAGCUGUACGUCCCCGCCCUGCGUGGGCUGUGGCAGGACACUGGUAUCCGCCAGGCAUACGGACGACGCAGUGAAUUCCAACUGGGUGAAUCUGUGAAGUAUUUCUUGGAUAACUUGGACCGGAUUGGGCAGGUGAAUUAUCUCCCGAGCAGGCAAGAUAUUCUGCUGGCCAGGAAAGCCACGAAGGGGAUAGUGGAGCAUGACUUUGUCAUCAAGAAGAUCCCUUUCAAGAUGGUGGACGUGGGCGGCCAGCGCUCGCAGCGGCAGAAGUGGUUCCAGUGCUUCGAUGGGAUCACCUCCAUCCUCUUCAUGGUGUCCUCCAGCGAGUACGACCAGCUGCUCAUGGAGGACCGGCGCACCAACCGUCUCGUGGAGUCCAUGAACAUCUUCGAGACGAUCGUCAACAACAAGCUCUUCUCCAACGUCUCCAUCAUCCUCUUCCUCAACAAGAUGGACCUCUUGGUGGAGAAGGUAAAGAGUGUGAGCAUCAGCAAGCACUUUGCUGAUUUCCAUGGCGACCCAAACCAGCUGGAGGACGUGCAGAGCUACCUGGUUCAGUGCUUCAACAAGAAGAGGAGGAACCGCAGCAAGCCCCUCUUCCACCACUUCACCACGGCCAUAGACACGGAGAACAUCCGCUUUGUCUUCCAUGCUGUCAAAGACACCAUCCUGCAGGAAAACCUGAAGGACAUCAUGCUGCAGUGAUUGCCGGCACCACUACACGUCUUUCUUUUUUCUUUUUUUUUUUUUUUUGUAUUUAUGUAGGUUGCUUUUCUGUGUGCCUUAAAAAAACAAACAAAAAAACUAAAUUGACCUUUUUCUUUCAAUUUUUCAGGAUUGUGUAUUUAAAAUAAAUAUAUUGUACACCUGUUUCUGGAGAAACGUCUUUAGCGUGUAUAAGCAGUUUUAGCAACGAAUGCACUGAGCUGUACUGUACCUGCAGACACAAGCUCCACAGUGGGGGGCGGGGGGAAAUCCACCUGCGCGUGACAGACUGUCCUGUCCUGACUAGCAGGGGCGUAUUGAUAUAACUUAGUAGAACAGUGGUGCCUACAGUUGUGUACCAACAAAGAAUGAAACUUCGGUUACAUCCACAGGGUGAUUUUUAAACAAUGCAUGACAGGUAGUUUUACCGACUUACAGGACAUUAGGCCAGACUUUACAACUAUUACUCCUGAUGUUCUGGACAACGUCCUAGCUAAUCAAAAAACAACCAUACCAGGCCAAUGGCUGAGUUCAUCUGAAACAUGUUCCGUAAUUGUUGUCUUUCAUCACAUGGUGCAUUGCUUAUAAAUGACUCUGUAUAAGGAGGUUAGAUCUUGGUGAUGGGACUGCACUAUUAAUACUUUCUAUGUAUUUCUAAAAUGCGUUAAAUUAUGGGGAAGCAAUUUGCGAUUUUGACAGGGUUACGGUGAUUGCUCAAAAAACUGUUAAAUUAAUUGAGUGCCACGUGGUGUUUUUAUAACCAUGCCUUUCCAAAGAAAGUUGUGUGAGGAGUGCAGAGACACCCUGGAAAAGUGUAUUUGCACUACUGUUGAUCAGUUGCUAUCAACCAUGUUGUUUAAAAGUAGAAAGUUAUGCUGUACAGUGACCAAAAGGAACACAAGUAAUGCUGUGUGAUUCGCCAAUGUUCAAGGAAACAUGCAGUUAGUUUGCUUGGAGCACAGAAGGCUUUUUAACAUCAUACUCUGCAAUAACAUUUUAGACUUCAGUCCUGGCACGCUGCUCUGCGGGAAACCAUUUUUAUGGGAAUGAAAAAAGUAAUAACUGUUCUUUUUAUUUAUUUUUUUAUUUUAUGAAGUGCCUAUUCAUUUUCACUCUGAUUUUAAAAGUCUAGCCACGUGCACUUGUAGACCAAAUAAAAAGACUUCAAACUGAAACUAUGCGAGCAUAAUAAUAAUGUAGUGCAAGUAGUUAGAAUUACAGUAACAGAUGAAGCAGGGCACUGCUGACUCCUAAUUAUUUCACCACGUGCCUUGUACUGAAUGCUUAACUGAAAUUCAGUUCCAGUCUAGUCUAAUCAGAUAGGAUGACUAUUCUGACAAAAGAACAUUGAAAUUAGUAACCCAAGUAUUUAGUAAGAGAUUAAGUGGCUCUGUAACUUUUUUUUUUUUUUUUUUUGUGGUGGUU